CAUCUCGAUAUUUAAUUUAGUGAAUACAUGCUACAGCAACAACCAUCAUGAUUCAAAUUUCUGCAGCUCUGAAUUUAUGAGCUGUACAUACAAUACUAAUAAUUGCAGUAAUGCAAAAACAGCUAAUGUUUUUAAGUUUAACUAUACUUUGUUUAUAUGUAUCUAUCUAUAUGUGUAUGGAAUUUUUAGGUAAAGAAAGCCGGCUAUUUUUUAUACACCUCCAACAUCCAAAGAAUUUGGAUAAGGUGAAAAAUGACCCUGCACACUGUAUUCUUCAAAGAUGGGAGUGCGAAUGCGGCGGCGCAGUCAGCCGUGCCGCGGUGGAGCGGACUCGGAUGUCAGCCGCCGGGCGUUUACGGCGAAGGGUUUAUCCAAUCAAAGGGCGCCGCCGCGUGCCUCGAUGGUGUUAAAGAUCAUCAUGGAAAGCCUCACUUCACUCUUUUCUCUGGUGACUGCAAAACUACUCAUGAAAAUGAAAAAACUCCGUUGCAGACAGCUUCCUCUGCCGCCGUGGACUAUCUAGAGCUUGGAUUUGGACAGCCAAUGAUUUGUGGUGCUAAAUAUCCAUAUCCAGAUCAGUGCUACGGGUUAUACUCAUCCUAUAAUGGACCUCAGUUUGCGGGGCGAAUGAUGCUGCCGUUGAACGGAGGGCCGAUCUUGGUGAACGCGAAGCAGUACAACGGAAUCAUGAGGCGCAGGAAGAAGCGCGCCGAGGCGGAGCUCGAGAACAAGCUGCUCAAGAUCCGAAAGCCGUAUCUGCACCUGUCGCGGCACCUCCACGCGAAGCGGCGGCCUCGGGGAAACGGCGGGCGCUUCCUGAACACCAAGGGGAAGGAGAAGAUGACGACGUCGAGCAGCAGCCAGGGAUCGGAUGUGAGCAGCGAUCAGGAGCUGCACUUUCCGAGGCUUCAUCUCUUCCAUCACCCCUUCUCCUUCAAGGUCUGAUGUGAUAUCAUCACAAUGGGCAAUUCAUUCUUGGCUAUCUCAACUUAGUUUGAUCAAUCGUAUCCUCUAUAUAUAUAUAUAUAUAAUAAUUAUGGUUUGCAUGUGAUUUAGGCCUUUGCAUCUUCUCAUUAGUUGAGAAAUGAGAAUCGCAAUGUCGCCUGAUUUGCACUACUUUCCUGCUUUAAUUUGGAAGUCAUGUAUGUGUGUGUAAUUAUAAGAUCAUAGCUAGUGUGUGUUUUGAGGUUGCAAAAUAAAAAAAAGACUCUCGUCUUUUAAUGGUGUUGUAAUUUAAGCGUGUGGUUUGUUUUAAUCUUGUAAUUAGAGGUGAAUAGAUGCUAUAGUCUCCUUGUAACAUAUUUAAAGUUGAUAUUUAAUUAAGGUUUUUGGUA